AUGAUCAAAUCGUCGACGGCCGCGAUCUUCCUCAAGAAGACCUUCGACAUGGUCUCGCAGUCGCCGACCGACAUUGCGGCGUGGGCACCGGACGGCGCGACCUUUAUCGUCAAGGACCCCAAGGAGUUUGCGUCGCUCAUGCUACCCAAGUACUUCAAGCACAGCAACUUUUCGAGCUUUGUGCGCCAGCUCAACUUUUACGGCUUCCGAAAGUCCAAGAAGGAGAUCCUCCUCGUCGCGCUCGAGUCGUCCGACAUUAAAAACUCGUGGGAGUUUUACCACGAACACUUUCACCACCACAAGCCGCACUUGAUGGCCAAGAUCAAGCGCAAGACCAACAACUCGGACGACGAUGCGUCGUUCUCGUCGCCGCCCGCACACCCGACGAGCCAGGUCGACGACCUCCGCCAGCAAGUCUCGGACUUGCAGUCGCAGCUGACCAAGCUCACGGGCACGCUGAGCCACCUCAGCUCGAUGAUCCAGACGGUCGUGGACCAGGCCCAGACGCCGGCGCCGGAUAGCUUUCUGCAGGACCUCGAGUACCUCGACAUGAUGACGAGCAACCAAGACGAGGCCGCCACGUCCGAGUUCCAGCAGUUGCUCGCAGGAUCCUCCUCGCUACCGUCCGUCGUCAUGUAUUAG